UUUUUGCGACACAAUUACGAAGUGAAGGUCAUGGCUUUUCAUCAUGGGAGUUUGGUCCAUGCCGCAAGUCAAGAGUAAUCAAAGAAGAGUGGUGGUACAAUAAUAAGAUAAAACUUGAUUUUUGGCAGCGGACCCAUUGUUCUCUGAGAGUCUGCAGCCCGUGUAUUUCAUAAAUACUGGGGACAAUUAGAUCUAGAUCUAGAUCUACAAUCUUUUGGUUUAUAUUGAACUUGAUGCUCAUGUUGUUUUGCUGAAAUGGCUUUCCGAAAACUUUUUACAACAGGGACUGGGGUCUUCGGCCCCAACAACGUGAGCUCUCCUCAGUUUUCAUCACUUUGUAAACGCUGUGUGUCGAAGACUUUUUCGAGCUGGGGAAAUAGAACUACCAAGUUUCUAUUUGGCCAGAAUGCAAGUGAUAAACUUCGAGCGGUUAUGUUGAACAUCGGCACAAAGUUAAAUGUAUUGGAAAUGGCACUGACGCAACAGUGUAAUCGGGUUGCAGCACUUCGUUUGAGACGAGCCUAUCAGAUUUUGCUGUUGUAUCAACGAAUAUAUGGAGAACGUCUUUUGAUGCAGAAGGUGAAAAUGAAUGUACAUCGUAAUGGUCGUCCGUUGCUAGCAUUGCUGUCUGCUUGCAUAUUUCAAUGGGAGAAGGAGAGAGUUCCUGAUGAAGAUAUUCAAAGGUUCCGGGAGGAAAUGGAAGCAGUGCACAAGCUGGUUGAAUGGAGUCACAAGAAGCAAGAAAAAGAAGCUGAGGCAUGCACAGAGAUGAGUGAAUGGGAACAAGUUGUAGAUCGUGCACACUUCAUGGUUUGGAGGAGGUUUGUUCCUGAGACACAGCUCUACCAGUACAGAGUCUAUGGGCAUUUUACUGACAUCCCCUCUCGUGCAUUCUACAACACACAGGUGGAUCUUGCAUACUGGAAGGAUUGGGACAAAAAUACUCUUGAUGUGCGGGUUGUGGAAAAAGAUAAGGAGUCCACCUCAGAAGUUGUUCACUGGGUAUACAAGUUUCCUUAUCCCAUGUAUCCAAGGGACUAUGUCUAUGUUCGAAGAUACACAUUGGAUCAAGAGUCCAACACCAUGGUGAUAACUGCUAAGGCCACCCAGCACCCGAGCUGCCCAGAGGAUUCAUCGUGCGUCCGCGUUGCUACUUACACCUCACAGAUGGUCAUCAAACCAUACACAACGUUUGAUGAGAAUGGGUUUGAGUACGUUAUGACCUACUGUGACGAUCCACAAACCAACUUUCCCACUGUGUGCUACAACUGGAUGGCAAGCACAGGUGUACACGAAUUUUUGGAAAAGGUUCACAGAGCGGCUCGUAAAAAGCAUGAAAAAAGCAACGAGUCCUCUACUGCUCGCAUGGACAACAGCGCUGACAACCUCUAUGCCAAAAUGGCUCACCACUAGCUUAGCUUGAAACUUCUUCUUGGCUCUUCAAGGGUGUCAACAGACAUGUUUUUUUUUCUGCACAGCUAUGAAAACAAACCAAUGUGAUAUCAGAUAUGCACUUUAGUAUUUGUCGCUGAACGAAAUAAUAUCACUAAUCCCUUUUUAUACUAUUGAUAUUUUUGUGUAAGAGUUUUGUUUUGCUAGUUUAGGUGAGCAGAUUGUUUUAUAUACUUAUAUUGUCAAGACAUCUUUCAAAGUAGAAACUUCAAGUUAUGAAAAAAAAUGGUAGAUAAGAGGAAAAUAAUAGUUUUAAUGUAAUUUGUUUCACUAAGAAAACGCAAUGUAUUACUGUUACAUUAACACCAUGCAUCUUGCUAUGAAAGUAAUGAGUUGAAAGUCAUGCACACUCUUCAUUUAUUUAUUUGGUAGAAGGGUAUGUAGUUUUGGUGCUUCUCAUUUUGAUGUAGUUCAGAAUUUGCCAAAAGUAAUGGGGGACUAUUGUGAUAAUAACAGUAUUUGCAUUUAUAUUAAGUGCUACGCACUGUACACUUAACAACUAUUAUUACUCCAGUAGGACUAGAACUUUCAGAAACAUUCUCGGCUUCGUGGGAAACAUUCAGUGCAAACUUCUGAUUGCAUUGACAGACAGUAUGUUUACGCCAUCUAUAGCUGGGUGAAGCGAGGAAUAUUUGUGUAAAGUGUCUCGUCUCUCCCAAGAACAUAAAGUUGAGUCCCCGAUGGGGUUCAAAGCACUUGACCUUACGGUUGCUAGUCCGAGAGCCUAACUAUUACGCCACUAACUUUCUUGAUUUAUGUUUUGUAAAAGAUAACACUCUUUUCCUGCUCUCUAUGAUGGGAUUGUUGUGUGAUAACACUUUUUGAAAAUAGAAAUAGCUAUAAUGUCUUUUCCUGUGAUCUAGUUAUGUUUGGAGGAUUUUAUUUGUGAAGGUAGAAUUGAGUGAUAAUAAAACUUCAAAAGGAAUGAGAAGACUGAGAGGAAAGAAGAUGAAUAUAUAUAUAUGAAAAGUUGUGUCUAAAUAUUCAAAUGGCUUUAUUUGCCUGCAAUCUUGAUGAGGAAUGUGUACUGUAUAGUUGAAUGAACCAGCAUCUGGUGAAUUAAGGAAAAUGGCAUCAAGGCUUUUGUCUACAUCCUUUUUUAGCUUUCUCACUUGUCAAUGCAAUGUACUUUGCUCAAAUCAUAACAGUGGUGAAGUUUUGAACUAUUGUUUCCGUUUUUACACUCCAUAAUGCAGUUAGUCUAAAGGAGGCUUAAAAAAUUUGGUCCACAUGUGAAAAGCUCUCGAUUGAUAACCCAAAGAAAUCGUUUGAUAUGUGUGAUCCUGUUUAUACAACUUUAUGAUAAGGAUGGCAGAACUGUCAACAGAGCUGUCUUAAACUGUCUCUCCAUUUGUGCUCUUUGUGAGAAAUAUUGAAAAAGGCAGUCCCAUUUGGUUGUCGCCUUCCUUGUAGAUAGAUGUGGGAAGUGUCUUUUUUUCAGUUGAGAACACUUGACUUUUCAAUGUGAAUGUCGGCCUUGACCAUCUGGACUGCUUCAUAACCUUUGUGGCCCUCUAGUUCUGUAAAUAAUUACGUUUGUUCACCACGCUCACAUUUGUAAUUCUUGAUGCCAUAUAUUCAUCUUUGUGAAUAAGUCAUAGUUUUGUGUGGUGAGCUGUAAUACCCUGUGGUGCCUCUCUGUUGAAAUCAGUGGUGAAGUCCAUGCCCUGUAGGAACCUGACUCACCCAUGCUUGUGAAUAAAGAUUGAUAAAUGAACAAUGACUUUGUGGAACAUUUUGGAAAAAAAUUGGCAAUGGGCAUUAUUUAUCAAUAGGAUCCUUUGACUCUUGCUAUAUUGUUCCAACUUGAAUCAUUUUUAGUGACGUUAACGUCAUUUUUUAUAGUUGUUGGUCUUGAAUACCAAUUGUAUUUUUUUCACAUUUUGCCACUAUUUUACUGUUUGUUAUUGGUCAUAUUGAUCUGUUGAGCACCACUUCAGAUUUCAGCUGCUGCAAGUUCACGUUUUUGAAUUCACUUCAGUUUUGACUUUGUUUCAUAUUACUCCCAUUUGUGCACUCUUUUGGUGAUGUGGGAUUUAUCAUAGCAUUAUUUAUCCUGGGUGUUUGCAAAACUUCACAGUUUCAAGAAAUAUUAUUGAUGGUGUAAGUUGUAUAUAUGUGAAAGAAUAGUGCUUGGUUUGUAGAUCUACGACAUAACUUCUUACUUUAAUCAACUCACAUGUCGUAACUGUAGGAAGAACGAAGUACUUAUUGAAUUUGUGGUACAGAGUUAGUCUUAGGAGUCAUCACACUUAACUCAGCACUAUUCAUUUCAGUUUGAGAUAUUGCAUGUUGUCAUUCAUCUUCACAAAAACAAAGGAACUAGUCUUUAGUUGUUUAUAUGUGGGUCACAAUGAAUACUUGAAAGCCUGUUUAAUGAAGAGUACUCCGAAAAAUGAAAGCUAAGAAAAGAAUAAAAGAAAUAACAUGUCAUUACAGUAUUUUUGCUUGAAGUUUGCAGGUUUUUUUUCCUUGGGUCUGUUCUUGUAGAUUUUGGGUUUCUUUGUCAAAGGUUGUUCUUUUGUCUGUCAAGUCACUGUAAUAUUUUGUUGCUGAUGAAGAAAAUAAUGUAGUGGCCAAACAAGCUCUUUUUUUCCCCCCUGUCAACAGGAGCUCUAAAUUUUGCUGUCAAAGCAGAUGCUUGUGUUUUUUGUUCUCAGAAGCUGACAUUGUCUUUUACCCUUACCAGAAUGCUAUUGUGUGGGAUGGAAAAUGACAAGGUGAAAAAAAAGGGUCGACAAAAAAUUUUUGAUGCUAGUUGAUGAUCUAGGUAGGCCUAAAUGAGUUUAUCCUGCUUUUUGAGGAAAAUGUUUGUUAGAAGUUGCACGAAAUCUUUUGACAGGUAUUCCCUUUCAAAUUACAAUCGUGGGGAACCAGAAACAUGUGUAUGGAAGGCGCACAGUAUCAUGUACACUUGGUUUAAAGCGAGAAAGAGGAUUUUAUCAUAGUAAAUGCAUUUAUAUGGCACGUACCCACACUCUUCAGCAUGCUCUAUGCGCUUUACAACUAUUUACGUUUAUGAAGACAGUUUGCUAUUGCAGAUUGUGCAGCCCACAAUCUCUGUGUUUGCAGUGGUCAUAUUGUUAUUUUAUGUUGUUUGUGACGUAGGUUUUGUAUACUGUUGUACACUUUGCUCCAGUAUAGGGAGGACAUGGCACAGAGUGUUUUUCCUGUGUCAAGAUGUUUUGAGUGCUUGUGUUAAUCAGAUAUUACCAUUGUCUGAUGCUCUGUUUUGUUUGAAAAUUUUAUACUUUUUGGUUCUUGACGAGUUUUUCUGUAGGUUUGUUAUGGUAUGCCAAUUUAUGCAGGUAUGUGCUGUUACUAGUGUUACAAGUGUGUCCAAUUUCCUACUGUUUUAUUUCCAUUUUACUUUUCUUUUUUUGUCCUCUCUUUACAUUAAAAUGCAGUCAUAAUUUUCUUUUGAAUUCUCUUAGACUUAGUAAUUUAAUUAACCCUUUUUCGUGUUGUAGUAGUUAGGUUAAUAAUCCUUGUUGAGAAGGUAACUUUUCUCCAUGUAACUCAUGUGGAAGAAGAGCUUAAAAGUUUAGAAUUUGUUCGACUCUAUCCGUUUGGGAUCAAAUUAAAUGACAAAUCUUAUAUUCAA